AGCAGCACCGCUGAGCACCCCCGAGCAGCACCAACUCCGCAGCCGCGUGCAUCUGACUCGGUUUUCGACUCGUCCCCAGGAGCUCGAGAAGCUACGGCCAUGUCCGCGCCGAGGGAGCUGGCGAUCGGCAUCGACCUGGGCACCACGUACUCGUGCGUGGGCGUGUUCCAGCAGGGCCGGGUGGAGAUCCUGGCCAACGACCAGGGCAACCGCACCACGCCCAGCUACGUGGCCUUCACCGACACCGAGCGGCUGGUCGGCGACGCAGCCAAGAGCCAGGCUGCGCUGAACCCGCACAACACGGUGUUCGACGCCAAGCGGCUGAUUGGGCGCAAGUUCACGGACGCGACUGUGCAGUCGGACAUGAAGCACUGGCCCUUCCAGGUGGUGAGCGAGGGCGGCAAGCCCAAGGUGCGCGUGUCCUACCGCGGGGAGGACAAGACGUUCUACCCCGAGGAGCUAUCGUCCAUGGUGCUGAGCAAGAUGAAGGAGACCGCCGAGGCGUUCCUGGGCCGGCCUGUGAGGCACGCGGUGAUCACGGUGCCCGCCUACUUCAACGACUCGCAGCGCCAGGCUACCAAGGACGCAGGUGCCAUCGCAGGGCUCAACGUGCUAAGGAUCAUCAAUGAGCCCACGGCGGCCGCCAUCGCCUAUGGGCUGGACCGGCGGGGUGCCGGAGAGCGCAACGUGCUCAUUUUUGACCUGGGUGGGGGCACCUUCGACGUGUCGGUGCUCUCUAUCGACGCCGGUGUCUUUGAGGUGAAAGCCACAGCUGGAGACACCCACCUGGGUGGAGAGGACUUCGACAACCGGCUGGUGAGCCACUUCGUGGAGGAGUUUCGGCGGAAGCACGGGAAAGACGUGAGCGGGAACAAGAGGGCCCUGCGCAGGCUGCGCACGGCCUGUGAGCGCGCCAAGCGCACCCUAUCCUCCAGCACCCAAGCCACCCUGGAGAUCGAUUCCCUGUUCGAGGGCGUGGACUUCUACACGUCCAUCACUCGUGCCCGCUUUGAGGAACUGUGCUCAGACCUCUUCCGCAGCACCCUGGAGCCCGUGGAGAAGGCCCUGCGGGAUGCCAAGCUGGACAAGACCCAGAUCCAUGAUGUCGUCCUGGUUGGGGGCUCCACCCGCAUCCCUAAGGUGCAGAAGCUGCUGCAGGACUUCUUCAACGGCAGGGAGCUGAACAAGAGUAUCAACCCUGAUGAGGCUGUGGCCUAUGGGGCUGCUGUACAGGCCGCGGUGUUGAUGGGGGACAAGUGUGAGAAAGUACAGGAUCUCCUGCUGUUGGAUGUGGCUCCCCUGUCCCUGGGGCUGGAGACAGCAGGUGGGGUGAUGACUACACUGAUCCAGAGGAACGCCACUAUUCCCACCAAGCAGACCCAGACCUUCACCACUUACUCCGACAACCAGCCUGGGGUCCUGAUCCAGGUAUAUGAGGGUGAGAGGGCCAUGACUAGGGACAACAACCUGCUGGGGCGCUUUGAACUCAGUGGCAUCCCUCCUGCCCCACGUGGAGUCCCUCAGAUCGAAGUGACCUUUGACAUUGAUGCUAAUGGCAUCCUGAGUGUGAUGGCCACUGACAGGAGCACAGGCAAGGCCAACAAGAUCACCAUCACCAAUGACAAGGGCCGACUAAGCAAGGAGGAGGUGGAGAGGAUGGUUCUUGAAGCUGAGCAGUACAAGGCUGAAGAUGAGGCCCAGAGGGAUAGGGUGGCUGCCAAAAACUCCCUGGAGGCCUAUGUCUUCCAUGUGAAGGGAUCUUUGCAAGAGGAAAGCAUUAGGGACAAGAUUCCUGAAGAGGACAGGCGCAAAGUGGAAGACAAGUGCCAGGAAGUCCUUGCCUGGCUGGAGCACAACCAGUUGGCAGAGAAGGAGGAGUAUGAGCAUCAGAAGAGGGAGCUGGAGCAAAUCUGUCGCCCCAUCUUCUCCAGGUUCUAUGGGGGGCCUGGUGUCCCUGGGGGCAGCAGUUGUGGAUCUGAAGCCCGGCAGGGAAGCCCCAGUACCGGUCCCAUCAUUGAGGAGGUUGAUUGAAUGGCCCCUCAACAUAAGUCACCUGUGACUUGUAGAAGCUGGGCUUGUGGGCCUUCUAGACUGUCUUCUAUGAUCCUGCCCUGUAACUUCAGGGAUGGGAGGCUGGGAGUCUUUUCCCCAAAGCUGGAGUUUUCCUCUCAGUAUGUUUUAUAACUGAGGUCUUUGUCAUUUGACUUCUUUUUCCUUUAGUCCUCUUCUCCCUCUUUAAACAAGAAGUCAUUAAUUUAUUUAUAUUUGUGUGGCACUUUAAUAUUGCUUUCACGUACGUUUUGUGUAUUUUGUUACUUGCACAUAAGGAUUUUGCUAUGUGAAGUAUGGUUAUAGAUCUAAAUAAAA